GACAUUUCCGUUGAGUCCCUCCGCUAAUGAGCACGUGAAAACAGUUGACAUUGCGUGACACCUGGGUGAAUGAUGGAGCUGAAUUGAGGAUAAAAUAUUUUGAUUCACAAACUGUGAGUAAAAAGAGUCGUCAUGGCUUCAACCUGUGCACAGCUGUGUCUGAAAUGCCGAAGUCUUCUUUGCUCCAAGACAGUGGCUACUACCUGGCAGUAUUCCACUCAAGUUUGCCAUUGCACAACAGUCACAAGGGUAGCCACCAAAAUCCUGAAUGGAUCCUCAUUUUUCAGGGGGAAUCACAGAACAACUCAGGCAAGACAGAGGUGGAAACAACAGAUCUUCUGUUACAGCGACUUAAUGGCCAAACAUCUGGCAACUGAGGCUAAGGAAGACAAGUCCACAGAAGAGUUGUCAAGAACUGAUGCUGUGGCAUACAAGAGCCACUUGUUGCCAAUUAGAGAUGCCGUGCCAGUGAGUGAAAGCCAGAUGCCAUUAGAUCUGGAUGCAGCUGCUGAAUUUUCUGCAUUAGAGGAGAUCAGUGAUGAAGAGGCUGUCAGUAUAUCUGUUCCUGCAGCGAUGCCUCCAGCCUCCACCUCUCUUAGAGAAUAUGUUGACAAGUCUGAGACACUCAGCAAGCUGGUACAACUAGGUGUGAAUCUGUGGAAGCUUGAACAAAGGCCCAACGUGGGCUCCAUGCUGCUGAGGCUCGACUUCAACACAGAUGUGGCCCCGAGGUUGCUGUUUCUCAAAGAGAUCGGGGUGGAAGACUCUCGUUUUGGCUAUAUCAUCACACACAACCCCUUCAUUCUCACUGAGAGUUUGGAAAACAUGCAGGCCAGGGUGAACUAUCUCAAGUCAAAGAAGUUCAGUUCUGAGACUGUUGCAUCCAUGGUGUCCAGAGCUCCUUAUCUGCUAAACUUCAGUGUAAAGAGGCUUGACAACAGACUGGGUUUUUAUCAGCAGCAACUCAACCUCAGUGCUUCUAAUACCCGGAACAUUGUAGCUCGUCUACCCAGAUUACUGUGUAGCAGUUUGGAGCCUGUUAAAGAAAAUCUGAAGGUAUGUGAAAUAGAGCUUGGAUUUAAGGAAAAUGAGAUCCAACACAUAAUUAUUGCCGUCCCGAAAGUGCUGACUGCCAAUAAAAGGAAGCUAACCCAAAUAUUUGACUUCCUUCACAACACCAUGAAGGUGCCCCACCACAUGAUCACCAAGUUCCCACAGGUCCUUAAUACCAAGUUCUUGCGUGUCAGAGAGCGCCACCUGUUCCUUGAGUACCUCGGAAAGGCUCAGUAUGACCCAACCCUGCCCAACUACAUCUCCCUGGACCGCCUGGUGUCCCUGCCAGAUGAGACUUUUUGCACUGAGCUGGCUUUGGCCACUUUGGAAGAUUUUUACUUGUUCCAAAAGACACUUUGAUUCUUCAUGAGGGGAUAAAAGCGGACUUCGGAAAAGAAAUCGUCCAGCAUGCAGAAUAAAUACCAUAAUGUCAGAUACAUGGAGACAUGAAUGUCUUAAAAAAUACAUUAUAGAGCAUCAACAGAGUUUGAAAGAAAAUGUUUAUUUUGUAAAUGUGAUGUUUAAUAAAUGUACAAAGUGUUUAUCAG